AUGACACGUACUGCUCCUCCCUCACCAUAUCUCUGGGUCGCACUGCCGCGGUCGGCAAGCUUGGUGUACCUGGAGUUCUCUGGCGGUGUGGGCACGCGGCAAAACGACUGGCGAGCCUGGAAGAACAUCAACAACGGGAGGACUGAUUUUAAAUAUCUGUACCACCCGCUGUGGUAUAUCGUGAACACCGCCAAGGCCGCGCAGAUCGCCAGGGCGAAUGCAUUCACCGUCAUCGGCACCACCGUGCGUGUGACCACGCCCAUCACCCUCUCCAUGCAACUACCGGCCUACGGAUACGUCAACCCGCAGCGUUACAGCCUCAACAGUCUCACUUGCACGUCUGCCUCAGCCCGCACGGCAGACCCUGCUCCUAACGAGAACGCCAAGCCAUCCCCGCCGCCACCCCUGCGUUCGUCCCCGCCACCGCCACCCCUGCGUUCGUCCCCGCCACCGCCACCCCUGCGUUCGUCCCCGCCACCGCCACCCCUGCGUUCGUCCCCGCCACCGCCACCCCUGCGUUCGUCCCUGCCACCUCCACCCCUGCGUUCGUCCCCGCCACCGCCACCCCUGCGUUCGUCCCCGCCACCGCCACCCCUGCGUUCGUCCCCGCCACCGCCACCCCUGCGUUCGACUGUCAGUAGCCGGAUGGCGUCUGUGGACACUGCCAUCGACGCCGUCUCCACCGCCACGGCCGCAUACGAGAAGUCGUCUGCCGCCGUAACGACGACGACGACGACGACGACGACCGCGCCCUACAUGCUUGAUGAGUCAUCGGUCAACAUUGCAGCUAGGGCGGCACAGCAGCAGACCAGUAGUUACAGUGAUCAGCAGACGGCCGCAAAGCUCGACACCCGGGGCGCGUCGGUGUCUGCUUUUGAGGGGUCUAUCUCGCCAGUGUUCAUGCAGCGCCUGAAAGCUCUAAUGAGUGCCUACUGCAGGGCCCAGAGCGGCGGAGACGAUUGCGAGGUCGACUGGGACGGCAACACCGACUGGUGGCGCGACUGGUUCCUGCGGCUGCAGCCGGCGCAGAUCGCCACCGGCCUGGACGAGCCGGUGUGGAACAGAACGGCGUCGGGGCUGGACAACGUAACCUCCAUGCUGGUGGUGUGCCCGUACAGGCCCUUCAACUACAGAUGCCAGAUCGACGCACAUUCGUACCAGUCAACAAUCAUCACUCGGAGCCGAACUUCAACCCAGAGCUUCGGAGUUACGAACAGGGUCCAAAUUUUGUUCGGAUUUAAAAACGAUCUGGGGGGAUUUCAGGCUGGCAUCUCGUUCUCAGCUUCGUCCAGCUUUUCCUGGUCUGACGGCACAGCCGUGGCGAACACCGAGACAGCGACCACAGUACAGAGUUACUCUGUCCAGAUGAACCCCGCGACCAAUCCCACCCAGAAGUGCGCGCAUCUGUUAACGCGGAUGACGGUCGCCAAUGUGAGGGGCAUUCAGAGCGCCUGGCUGACCAUCAACGGCUAUGUCGGCUUCCACCACGACGACGCCAGCCCUAACCCGCUGUGCCUGCCUGCCCGCUCCAUCGAUCGAUCGAUCGAUCGAUCUGCUGCUGCUGCUGCUGCUUCCUCCUAUUCGAUCAAAUCGAGCAGGGUCUGGAAGAAGUGGGCUGACAGCAACCCACACUACUACCGUGCCCAGCCCUUCUCGUCGGUCAUCGAGAACGCCAAGUCCUUCGGGCUCAAGGAGGCUGCGGAGUGGACGAUGGUGAACGGUAUGGCACGGAUCCAGGUGCCGAUUGAUGUGGUCGUUAUGACGGGUGUGAGUGGUUCCACCGGCGCUGUCUACUACGACGCCGGCAGCCCGCAGUGCAACCUCCCCGAGCCCGCCUAGACGCUGUCGGGUGGUCAUGUAAGUCAAUCGAGAUGUAUGUCCAGAUGUCACCAUUUAACAAGGUGAAAUCACCGGGAUUUAUGGGAUGCAACUCGCUGGCCGGUAAUGAAGCAAGCCGGUAUCGAUUGUCGGUCGUUAGUUAGUUUCAUCUCUUAACUUACGCUGGAUGCACUUGACAUCAUUCGAUGCAAGGGAUGAUCAGUCGCGAGCAGCCCCUGUACGAUUAGUAUGUACGGCGGGCUGACGGAUGCAUGUUCAUCAUCAAGUCCGUCGGCAGGCGGUGCAACGUGGUUUCAUUCAAACGGAAGCAAGCCUGUGCGUGCGUGGCUACCUACCACACACACCAUGCACACACCCGUUUUAUGCAUGGAUGCCCUCGAUUGAGCAUUUAUUGGCAGCAGCCAGUCGAGUGAGCGGCUGCUGGUUACACUGGUGGUGUCGAUGGCGGUAGGUGGGGCGUGCGCCCCGAUUGACACCUAUCUGAAUGCUCGUCCAGCCAGUCAGCCAAUCAUCCGCGCGUCUAUCUUCCACACCUUACAACCUAGAGUGCGUGUUCGCGUUGUGGCUAUUCUAGUCGUGGGGCC